AUGUUUAGUCUAAGAAGAGUGAUUGAUGAAGAAGGUAGCAAGCUAUAUUUCUUCAUAUUUCAUUUAAUGAUGCUGAGCUUCGCGCUGUGCACCUUGGUAUUGUGCCAAACCACGGUACUGGCCAUCCAGCCCGAAGUGGUUCUUCAGCAAGGUACUCUGAAGGGUUUGUGGGCCAACAGCUUCGGAGGACGUCCAUACGCAGCGUUCUACGGGAUACCCUACGCGAAGCCUCCAGUCGGGGAGAACAGGUUUAAGGAACCAGCGGCAGCAGACCCAUGGUCGGGAUUUUAUAACGCUACUAAAGAACCACCAAAAUGUCUUCAGUUUUACUUUUACGACAGUCGUUAUCCCGCUAAGAUUGAAGGAGCAGAAGACUGCCUUUACAUAAACGUAUUCACUCCAAGGUUGAAGACUAGAGCAGCUGACCAAAAGCCUUUGGAUGUGAUGGUUUACGUUCACGGAGGAGGGUUCAUGGUAGGUAGCUCUUUGGACUUGGGAGUCGAUUACAUCCUGGACAGAGAUAUUGUCUUCGUCGCCUUCAACUAUCGCCUUGGCCCUUUAGGUUUCUUGAGCACUGGUGACGUAGUUGUUCCCGGUAACAACGGACUGAAGGAUCAGGUACUCGCUUUGAAGUGGAUCCAGCAAAACAUCGCAGCCUUCGGUGGAGACCCCAACAGCGUAACAUUGACAGGGUUCUCGGCUGGAUCAGCGAGUGUUCAUUAUCAUAUCUUGUCUCCACUCAGCAAGGGUCUGUUCAAAGGAGCAAUUUUAGCCAGUGGUUCUUCUCUGAACCCGUGGAGUUUCGCCCACAACGUUAAAGAAAAGUCUCUCUUCGUGGCUAGAGAGCUAGGUUGCCCUGAAGUGGAUUCCCUAUCAAUGAUAAAGUGCCUCAGGCAGCGACCCGCUGAAAAAAUCGUCCAUUCUACGAAAUACUUCGUGGCUUGGUAUUACCAUCCGAUAGCCCCUUUUGGCCCGGUCGUCGAGAUCCCUGGACCGACCGCUUUCCUCCCAGACACCCCGAUGAACCUCAUGAGACACGGAAAGGGUUUGGAUCUUCCAAUCAUGAUUACUUUCUGCAAGGACGAAGGAACGUUUUCAGUGAUAGACAUAAUAACCAAUCCCAAUAUGAACAAUGAUGUCAAAACUGACUGGAACGGAAUAAUUCCAUACCUAUUUGAGUUCAAUGAUACAGUCCCUUCUGAAAAGAGGAAGGAAGAAGUGUCCCAGGAGAUAAAAAAUCAUUACAACAUCGAUUUAGAUUCCAAAGAAGGCCAGCAGAAUCUGAUCAAGGCUUUGAGUGACAGAUUAUUCAUUACUGGCAUAACUAAAAUGGCCAAAAUACACUCCAGCGUUAACACUUCACCAGUCUACAUGUUAAGGUUUUCAUACAAUGGGAAACAUUCCUAUACAUCGGUGGAAGAUAUCUAUAAGAAUAUGGGAGUUUCUCAUGGCGCUGACAUGAUUUAUAUAUUACCAAUGGAAGGAAAGAACACACAGGAGAUUGAAGCAGACAGACAGGUCUCAUUGCAACUCAUUGACUUAUGGGUCUCGUUUGCAGUUAACAGUACCCUAGAUGUCCCGACUUUCAACCAGAACCUCCCUAAGAUCACCUUUACGGACUUCCAGGGUCCAAACCAACUGGUUCCAACAAUGGUCGAUGAGCUGGGAGAAGAAAAGUUUUGGGACUCUUUGAACUUGAAAGAAAACAUAGUCAGUUGUACCGACUCAAAAUGAGCUGUAA